AUGGAUUUUCUUUCAAGUGCCUUGAGCCUUAUUUCUACGAAGUCAAUUCCAUAUACAUUCAAGGAGAAAAUUGUGGACCCUGCUCUGUCUUGCUACCCAGAAAAGUGCUCGGUGUGGACGGUCUACAAUGGAAUCAACCCAAAGAAUGAGUGUCCAGUAUCUAUAUUUGAAUUUAGCUUGAAAGACCCGGCUAACUCAAACUACACUAAGCUGGCAAUAAAUUGCUACAGGAAACUGAAACUGAUCAAAUUUCCCGGAGUUCUCGGCAUUGUCGACUUCAUUGAAAAUGAGUCUUUCCUCUACAUCAUCACUGAACGCAUAACCCCGUUGACGAAAUACUUACAAGAGCACGGCGAAAAAAUUUCGAAGGACGCAAGAAUUUACGGAAUCUAUAAUGUUUCCGUUGCAUUGUCUUUAAUCAAUACUUUGGCACACUGCGUGCAUGGCAGGUUAGAUUUAGCUUCAUCUGUUUAUGUGAAUGCACAGGGAGAUUGGAAGUUGUUCGGUUUCGAGCUUCUAACCAAUCUCCGCUCUGAUCCGGAUCAACCGAUAUAUCGUCUUGCCCACCACUUGCCCAACUUUGAUGAAAAUUUGCCGCCUGAAGUAAUUGAGCGUGGAGCUGAAGCAAUCCGCGAAUCCCCUCUCAAAUUUGACUCAUAUAAGCUUGGCGUAUUCAUCACUGCUUUGUUUUCCGCUGAGAUUCCUGAUUGUGGGAACAUACCCAGAUCGUUGUCCACGGCUGUACACAAGUUGCUUGCUCCAAACAAGAAGAGAAUUGACGUAGAAAGCUUUGCAUCAGAGACGAGUAAUUACUUCAAGUCCAAUCGGCUAGUCAAAUUCGCACAACUUCUUGAAGAGAUCACUUUUCAAGACCAAAGCUCCAAGUUGGCAUUUUUCAGAGAUGAUAUUGCAGAAUACAUUGAAGGUGAUUUACCUCCCGGAUUUCUUGACUACAAAGUUCUUCCCGAAAUUAUCCAGCAAUACAAAUUUGUGAUCAGUCAAAAACCAACAGUGAACUCUACUCCUGAAGAGCACGCAAGUCGGCAAGAGACGAACUCGGUUUUGUUGAAUCACAUUUUGAAACUAAGCUCAAGCAUUCCGGAUGAUGCAUUUUCAAAGAAUAUAAAGCCCAUCAUUUUCACUGCGUUUGCGCUUUCCGAUAGGGCUAUUCGUCUCCUACUUUUGAAACACCUCCCUGAAUUCCGCAGACGCUUAACCGAUACUGAAGUGCAAACCAAAGUUUUUCACAACUUACUCACUGGCCUUCAGGACACAAACUUCCUCAUCCGAGAGACUACUUUGACCUCCAUAACAUCGAUCAUAGAUAAAGUGAGCGUGAAGCAGGUCAAUCAAGACCUCCUCAAAAUUUUGGCAAAACUGCAAAUGGAUCCUAAACCAUCCAUCAGAACAAACACUUUGAUUUUGAUCAUUAACAUUUCGAAUAAGAUUUACUCUACAUCGAGAAAUAGUGUUGUUAUCACGGCUCUUGCUAAAUCACUUCGCGACUCAUUCACUCCUUGUAAGUUGGCGGCUUUGUCAGGCUUUGAGAGACUCAUUGAGAGCUUUUCGCUUGAAGAGAUCUGCUCUAAAAUCUUGGGGCAUCUCGCUAUAGCUUUGAUGGAUCCAAAGUCUUUCAAAAUCAGGCAGGAAUCAAAACGCAUAUUCGAAUUAUACCUUAACUCAGUCGAGAUACAUGCUGCAUCGCUCCCUCAAAAUGAAGAAGACGAGGAUGCUGAAGAAAAAGAAUUUUACAAGAAUUCAUCUGGUGCCUCAGAAAAUACAGAGGCAGCUGUCCCGGAACCACAAAGCUCUUUGUCUAUCGGCUGGAGUGUUGUGAACAGGCUCGUCACUUCUCGGCCAACGCACGUCAAUGGAACACUCAACAAGGUUAUUAACACCUCGACUCCUGAGAUCGACACUGUCUCGUCGCCUCAAAGACAGAAUACAGAAUGGGAAGAAGCUCUGGACUACGAUUACCAAUGGGAAAACGACGGCGUUGAAGAUGAGCUUUCGCCAGUAGCCGCGGCACCCAAAUCUAGUGUUCCUGCGCUACUGUUAUCUUCGAGGAUAAAGGCUAGCCACUCUACAUCACCUAAGGCGUCAAGCUCGAGUUCAAGAUUGACUUUGAGCUCUAACAAAAAAUCACCCGGCUCAACACUAAAGCUCGACUUGGAUAUUGAUGCCGAGGAGGACACUUGGGGCGACGAUUGGUGA